CACUUCACUAGGUAUCUUCAAUCUUCAUGCUUUAUUCUAGGUAGGAUCACUCACAUUGAAAAUUUUCAUGGCGCUAUUCUCUCCGACACCUCAGAUGAUUCUGCCUUUGGAGUGUCAGACUGCUUCAAAAGUUCACCGUACAUCAAAUACACCACAUCAACGGUGAAGCAUUACUGCAUUCACACCCAACAAACAGCCGUCAUCGACAUUACUUGUCAUAGUACUCGAUAAGAGGUUGUCAUAGUUCACCAGCUGAGGCCCAUCUGCAGAGAGCGACAAAGGAUCCUCGGCUGUCCUGUCCUGCAGUCUGGCGCAAGAUGAUACUCGGCCUGAACAAAAGGCCGGAUGUUCCUCAAAAAGCCAGAGUUGACUGCUGGCUGCCGCCCAACUCUCGCCCAAGAUGAGACGCUACUCGUCGUUCAAGAUGGCGUGGGCCUUUACGAAGGGAAAUAUAAAAUCGCCUCGUGUCAGAAAGGCCAUGCCUACUUGACUUCUCACAGAGCAUGUUACGUUGAUGAUGUGGAUCCACGGGCAAACUCCUGGGCUAUAGAGCUCAAAGACGUCGAGCGACAUGAACAUCAGGCAGGAUUCCUGAAAUCAUCGCCCAAGAUAACGCUGCAUCCCAAACCGCUGAAGCACGGCUUCGGCUCGAUCAGGCCCGGCGUGCCUCAAUCCCCAGCCUUUCAGAGGGUGGCGUCCGCAUCUUCUCCAACGUCUCGCUCUACUAGUCCAUUUCGACCGUCAGCGGUGUCCACUCCGGAGCCCACCGUUGUCGAGGGAACUUGGGUGUGUCCCAUCUGUUCCUUUUCCAAUCCUGUACCGUCAAACUUUGACCCUACAAUUGUGACAGAAAGUUUUCCGGUGCCCCCAUGCCUCGCCUGUGGCAUAAAACCACCUUUUGCUACUGUGCUUAAAGCGGCCAUUGCUGCUAAUGUUCAACAUGUUCCGGAGAGCUUGCCUUCAUCUGGAGCGGCAGCCUCGAGCUUAGGCUCUAUACAUGGAACGAGUCAUUCCCAGGACGAUGGCAAUACAUCGGAUACUAUCCCUUGCCCUCGUUGUACGUUCCAUAACUACCCAGGCAUGCGGAUAUGCGAGAUGUGUUCUGCGCCGCUUCCAAUGCCGAGGCGUGCCCAGAUAGCUGAUUUCGAGAGCUCAGCGGCGCGAUCUGGGUCUCCGGGGCCCGAAAUUUCCGGGCUCACUCUGGAGGAAGAGCAUGAGCCUCUCUGCGUGAAGUUCUCUUUCCGUAAUGGUGGCGACAGAGUCUUCUAUGAACGGCUGAAAAACGCCAUGAUCCAGCGGAAAUGGCUCCUACAAAAUGCGCCACCAGUUCCUAGAGCAGAGGUCGACCGCUCCCAGACGCCUUUCGACAGCCCCAAAGCUACCCCGGGGUCUGCGUCACGACCAGUAUCUGUGGGAAUCGCAGGGCUGGAGCAACGUGGCUUGCAGACCCGCAAGAUCAACGAAACAGUCCUGGGCAAUGCUUUCGAAGACCUGGAGGCUCUAAUGGCGUCCGCCAAAGACGUGGUGGCUCUAGCCGAGCGCUUUGCGACAGAGUCGGGUUCAAGCAUAGGUUUGUCUGGUUCAGCCUCUGACCCGGUGCUGUCCCAAUCCGCCGCUGCAUUAGGAAUGGUCACUACAAAAGAUCUGCUGGGAGACAGUUCCACUUCUCUCUACAUUUCUGAACUGGCAAGGAACCUUGCCGAAUAUGCCACAGAUGAUCGGCGCGGGAUUCUUCGGGGCCAAGGGGGAACCAUGAGUCUCGUCGACCUCUGGGCAAUGUUCAAUAGAAGCCAAAACGGGGUGGAGUUGGUCAGCCCUUCCGACUUUCGCAAAGCCGCUGAAGCAUGGGACAAGCUUGCGCUACCGAUCAAGCUGCGGAGAUUUAAGAGUGGACUUUUGGUUGUACAACGACGAGACGCGAGUGAUGAGAAGACAAUCAGCCAGAUCAAAGAGUGGCUGGAUUCCAUGAGAACAGCAAAGGUCGACCAAGCGCCGCCCUGGGACUGGAGCGUCUUUGGUUUUGGAGUUACAGCACAACAGGCGGCCGCUCGUUUCGGGUGGAGUCUUGGGGUGGCUACGGAAGAGCUCGAGAUGGCGGAGGAGAGAGGAGCGCUGUGUCGGGAAGAGGGUGUGGAAGGGCUGAAAUUUUGGCUGAACUUCUUGAUUGAAGAUGAAUAGAAUGACUACCAGGAAUAAGUAAAGUCAUUCCCAUUGGACUAGUUUUCGUGUUCUCUAUAGCAUCUCUGUCCACAGAGCCUUGUGCCGGCUCUGGGUCCCCCUUUAC